AUGGAUCCAAGUAGAUGUGCGACCACGACCAAGGCUGAGAUUAUUUCCGGUUGGGUGAAUUCUGAGCAGCUGUGCACCGUACCGGGCGCGGCUCUUUACGCGGAUUAUCCCCGGUUAUCCAUAAUGAGGCUGAGCCGAGACCCGACAGUGAAGCUUCUCCUGAAGUACAGCAUAUUAGUUGGUUUGAAGGUAUUCCGUAACCUUCUGCAGUAUGUUUUCAGUUUGGUAUCACCAACCAAGCCAAGUCACCGGCAGGUAGUUUACGGUUCACAGCACUCUAGCACGGAAUUCCUGUGA